CAUAUCAGUUUAUUGGCAUUUUAAAAUACUUUUUUAUUAAACAAAAAUCUUCUCAAACUUUUUUAUCAGCACUAGUAUGCUAAUUGUUAAUAAAAAAUUAAUUGUCGAUCAAAAAGAGCUGUAAAGUUAGACUGUAAAGUGAAUAAGGAAGUAAGUCGUGUUAUUGCGCGAAAAAGAUGCAUACAUAACUGUAGUUUGACUUAGCACCGGCUGGCAACCAAUGGUAUAAAAGGGAACGCAGGUUGAUACUUGAAACAGUAGAUCGUCGACCUUCGGUAGAUCAUCUUGCAUAUAUACUUCAUUUAAUAGCUGUGUAUAUGAUCGGCACGGACUCUCAAGAACGAAACGUCAUCAAAAUGUUAUUUCACUUGUUGCUCGUUGUUACAUCACCUUUUCUCAUCGCUGCGUUCCCACAAGAUGAUUUCGUCUUUGAUGGACCUGUCGCUACCAUAUCACCUAAUAGUCAACAAAGGACAACAUCCACAACGACUGUGAGAUCUAGAAAUGAGAAUGAUGCGACUACUCAAUCUGUGAAUCAGUACAAUGCGUGCGUUAAUUCAUGCCCGGUGACAAAUGAAUACAAUCCUGUUUGCGGUACGGACAAUGUUGAUUAUACUAAUCCAGGAGGCCUUGGUUGUGCGCAAAGAUGUGGAAAAGAAGUGACAUUAGGAUAUUAUGGACGCUGUUCAACGAACACACGUGGAUGAUUUACAAAUUAUCAUUAAACGAUACAAUAAUAUCAUUAGAUAGAUACAAUAAUAUGAUUAUAAGAAUAAAAAAAAUUAUCUAGAAAAUGUAAGAAAAAUACUAUUUUACACACAGCAUGUACGCAUAUAUUACAAAUAUAUUCAUUUACUUUAAGCAAAAGUAAUUUGCUUUAAACAAAAUAA